CUACAGGCCUGAGUUGUUACAUGUGACUCAUGAAAGCAGAGGAUAUUAUGUAGAGAUGCUCUCAGACAGUAUCAGAGGAGUUGGAGGCUCCUACACUCUCAGCCCUGCUGCUCUUAGACACACAGGGGUUUAUGUGUGCAGAGCAGAGAGAGGAGAGCCAGCCUAUCACACAGAAUUCAGCCAACCUCAGCCUCUCUGGAUCACAGGUCAUUCCCCUCCAUCCUCCCUGGCUGUCCAUCCCAAUAGAAAUCAUCAUUUUGAUCAUGAGUUUCUUUCCCUGAGCUGUGUGGGGAGCGUAAACUUAACUGGAUGGAGAUUGAGAUGGUUCAAAGGAUGGUCAGAGAAUAAAAUGUGUCCCACUGGUUGGACAGAAGCAGGAUCCACCUGUAGAACAGAAAAAGCAAUUUCAUUAGACAGUGGAAUUUACUGGUGCCAGUCUGAGUCUGGAGAGCAGAGUAAUCCUGUCAACAUCACAGUGACUGGUAAUGUGAUCCUGGAGAGUCCUGUCCAUCCUGUGACUGAGGGAGAUCAUCUGACUCUGCGCUGUAGAUAUCGCUACCAGCCAUCAAACAUCAGUGCUGACUUCUAUAAAGAUGGGACACUCCUGCAGACCUCCACCACAGGAGAGAUGACCAUCCCUGCAGUCUCAAAGUCACAUGAAGGCCUCUACAAGUGCAGCAACCCAGAGAGAGGAGAGUCACCAGAGAGCUGGAUCACCGUAAAUGGUAAAUCUGAAAUACUCCCAUACACACCACAUUCUGGGUCCUCUCUGCCGGUAACUGUGGGUGUUGUUGUUGGACUGGUGCUUAUGAUCGUGCUCAUCAUAAUCCUGGUUUUGCUGUUUCACUUCAAAAAGCUGAAAGCAGGUGUCAUACAAACACCUCCUGGCCAACAACAGCUCAACACCAGUCAGAAUCAGGACCUGAGCCAAUCUGCAGGAAAUGAAGGAGAUCAGACAGGAUAUGAACCACUGCACAGUGGAACCACAAAUGUGUAUGACACUGUCGGUACAGCUGACCUGAAAGAGGAAGGUGCCGCCACAGUAGGACAGAGCGAUGUGACAUAUGCCACCAUUGAUCAGAAGAGUACUUGUGACAACAUCAAAAAGAAGAGGACAAAAAAUGGAGGUAAACCAGAGCCAGAUAUAGUUUACUCAGAACUCAAAGCAGUGAAGGUCACAGCCAAAGUCAACGAGUCUCAAGUGGAUGCGGUUUACUCUGAAGUGAAGCACCCAACCUCUUCAGGUGUCUGAGAGCAUGGAGCAGAUUUCUAUAUUGUGAGCAUUGAUUCACUGCUGGUGAAAACAAGAAAUCCAGAUAAUAUAUAUUCUUACUUUUCGUACUCUAAGUAUAUUUUCACAGUGCUGUAUGUAUCACAGAGACAUAUUUUGAAAUACAGGCUACAUAUGAUUGCAUAAAAACUGUGUUCUUAAGGUUUUUUAAGCCGUUCUUUUUCCUUUAUCUGCUUUUUAUAUUUGAUCAUUUAUUUCAGUCUAUGGAGU